AUGGUCGAAUUAUUUGCACAUUAUGGAGAGUCUAAAUUGGAUAUUGAAUCGCUUGUCAGCAGUGUAAACAAAUUUCACUAUUGCACGAAUAAGAUCCGAUUCGCGAAGAGGUGGGCAAAAGGGCAACGGAAACUCGCCAGCUCGUCUGAAGAGGGAUUUCUAUCCGAUGAAACUUACGAUGCAGUGAUUUAUGUGGAAGCGAUGUGCAUCGCGAAUGAGUACACAAUGGGACACGUUUAUCCGGCGUUGAGAGACAAUGGACCACUCGAUGUCGAGGUGUUGGAGGAGCUCCAAGCCAACUACACUCGAGACUAUGCGAAGAAACACGGCAGCGAUGCAAUGUACGCUUUCACGUGGUUCAUGAUUGAUUAUAUGAGAUUGCUAAACUAUACAGAAGACGCGCUCACACAAACGAACAAAGCGUUAACGUUAGUGCGACAGCAAUUCUCGCCGAACUCCCUCGCUGAAACGGAUUUGUUGAGAGCUUAUCGGAUAUUGACAUGGCAAAGAUUAUAUGCAACUUUUCCCCCGACUGCAACCGAGACAGAGAUCUUUAUCUUUAAUCAAACAAUGCAACACAUUGUCGACUAUUGGAAAGCUGAAGACACAGCUGAUCUUAUGGCUGAAAAAGCUAUUCAUGAA